CUCGCAGAGACUCUCUCGGCUCUAUCCACCACUGUCUCACUCUGGGGUGGAUGAUUGCAGAGGAGGCAACAUGGCUGUGAAUCUGAGUAAGAACAGACUGGCCCUGCUCACAGCCUAUCAAGACGUUAUCGACGAGGCUACGUCCACCGACUGGGCAAUAUAUACAUAUGAGGGAGACAGUAAUGACUUGACACUGGCAUCAUCAGGAGACGGUGGACUGGCGGAGAUCACCGUGACCUUCGACAAUGCUCGCAUCAUGUACGGUUUUUGCAGUCUGAAGGAUCCAGCUGCCGCGUUGCCACGCUACAUCCUCAUCAACUGGGUUGGUGAGGACGUUCCCGACGCCAGGAAGUGUGCCUGUGCCAGUCAUGUAGCCACCAUCGCCGAAUUUUUCCAGGGGGUUGAUGUCAUCGUGAAUGCCAGCAGCAUGGACGACAUUGACCCCUCAGCCAUUGGACAGAGACUGACCAAUGGGAUGGCCUCGGUGGCCAGCCCGGUCCUCAGCCGACUGAGAACGAGAGACGAGGAAACCACAGAGCACGUUGGCACGACCUACCAGAAAACGAACGCAGAGAUCGAGAUGAAGAAAAUCAAUAGAGAGGAAUUCUGGGAACAGGCCAAGCGUGAGGAGGAGAUGCGUAAGGAGGAGGAGAGGAGGAAGGCAGCGGAGGAGAGGCAGCGUUUCGAACAGGAGCGGAUGGAGCUGGAACGAAAGCAGCAGGAGGAGAGAGAGAGGAGGUAUCGCGAGAGAGAGCGACAGAUUGAGGAACACCGGAAGAAGAUGCAGGAGGAAGAAGAAGCCAAAGAGAGGACACGGAACCAGCCUUUGAUUACGGAGCCCAGUUACGAAGAGUCCUCUCAAGAGAAGAAAGAGUCAGAGGUUGAGGAAGCGGCUGCUAUCAUCGCCCAGAGGAGAGAUAACCCGAGGGAAUACUUCAAACAGAGAGAGAAAGCCAUGGGUAACAGUGUGGACGUGUCUCCAGUCAGCACUCACAGGACCGGCCGUUUGGACAGUCCGUUCUUGAAGCAUCAGCAGUACAGUUCCCGUGAUCCCAGCCCUCCCGUUACUCGCACCGCGCCUCACGGGCGCACGCAGCCGGGGGCUUCCGGUGAAUCGGACGACGAACUCCCUGACCGCAACGGGGCUGCAGCGAACCCCACGCCCAUCCCCAAAAUCGCCAUCCACGAGGAGAUGGAAGAUUACGGAAGGAAGGAAUGGGCCUCCGAGCCCCAGCAGUGUCCCCCGGUUCAGGAAUCGACCCCUCCCAAACCCGUUCAGAGCGUGGCCCCCCAGGCCCGAGGCUCCGCCCCCACAGACGACAGCCUGCUCGACCUAUGGGAGAGCGGCCCUGUUCCGGGCUCCGCCCCUUCCCAGGCCUCCCACAUCAUGGACCUGAUGGGAGACGCGUCUGAACCCCACCCAGCCACCUCCUCCCCUGGGAUGCCUCAGCCCCUGCUCAGCUUCGACGAGACCCCCGAUGCCCCCUCCUACUGCCCGGGGGGCGAGGAUGAGCCCUCCAGUCUGGUGGAUGUGGCCGGGCCUCAUCAGAUGACCCUGAGCUACCAGCAGGCCUUGCAGCACGCCUCAGCCUCUGACAGCCAGGAGAUGGAUGAUGGACAGCUGCUGAUGACCAAUGGGGACACGCUGCUCAAAGAAGGGACCCAGGCAAGUGAAGGCUACUUCAGCCAAUCACAGGAGGAAGACUUUGGCCAAUCAGAUGAAUGCUCUGGGAAGGUGAACCCUACGCCGACAUUCUACAACAAGCCACCAGAGAUUGACAUCACGUGCUGGGACACAGACCCGGUGAUGGAGGAUGAGGACUAGCGCCACCAACAGGAGGGAAGUAGACGCGACAUUUCUUCAAGAAACCAAUUUCACAAAAUGUUAUUCCAAGUCUUGCAUCAGAAUAGGAAAAAAAGAAAAAAAAAAAACACACAACAAAAAUCUGUAUGAUGUUCUAGAGAGAAAAAAAAAGAAAAAAACAAACAAACAAACAAAAAAAAGAUAUUAGCCACCGAAAAAGGAUUCAUGUUAUUGUUAAAGAUGCCAACGGGAUUGAAGAGCACUUGGUUUGUCUGUGUG